AUCAAAGAACAGCGCUCAUUAACUCAUUGGAAGAUGCCAGUUGGGACAAUGGGCCUCCCUCGUAGCCAUAUAUGAAACAAAAUUAAGUUCUUCUCCUGCUAUAUAUAGGUCAAUUCUUCACACUUCACAGCACAGAUCACUCAAUCUUAUUCCACUGUUUUCUAGUGUGGGUUUCUUUGCUGAAGCAACAAUGAGUGUCGCCAGUUGUGAUUAUGUGUCUGGAAUUGUGUUGUUUGUAUUACUAGUUGUUGGAGAAGUUGUUGCAGAUGGUAAUGGAGUAGUUAAAGAUGACAAACACUUACUUGGGCAUGGAAUAUACAGAAAGGGGUUUCGCCAUUUUGGCAAAGGAGGAGGAAUUGGUGGCGGUGCAGGUGCUGGCGAUGGUUUAGGAGGUGGAGGCGGUUUUGGGGGAGGUGGAGGCUUAGGGGGUGGAGCUGGUCUAGGUGGUGGUGGAGGACUCGGAGGAGGUGCAGGCGGCGGUUUGGGCCAUCACGGAGGAUUAGGGGGCGGAGGAGGUCUAGGAGGUGGUGCAGGAGGUGGUUUAGGUCAUCACGGAGGACUAGGGGGUGGAGGUGGUAUUGGAGGAGGUGCAGGAGGUGGUUUGGGUCAUCAUGGGGGACUUGGAGGAGGUGGCGGCCUCGGAGGUGGUUCUGGUGGCGGGCUUGGAGGCGGCGGAGGUGUCGGUGGUGGAGCAGGAGGAGGCGGCGGGCUUGGAGGAGGCGGGGGUGUCGGCGGUGGAGCAGGAGGAGGCGGCGGGCUUGGAGGAGGUGGGGGUGUCGGCGGUGGAGCAGGUGGAGGUGGCGGGCUUGGUGGUGGGGGAGGUUUAGGCGGUGGGGCUGGUGGUGGCUUUGGAGGGGGUGGAGGACUUGGCGGGGGUGCAGGUGGAGGUGGUGGUUUUGGCGGUGGGGGCGGAGGUGGUGUGGGUGCAGGAGGCGGCUUUGGAGCCGGAGGAGGUUUCGGAGCAGGCGGAGGAGUUGGUGGUGGUGGCGGUUUUGGGGGAGGCGGCGGUGUAGGCGGGGGCCAUUGAAGUGCAUGAAUUUGUAUCAUCAUCGAUCCGCCCCAUCUAUUUUCAUAUUCGAUGCCCAUUUGGAUGUUUGAAUUCGUGCGUAGCUAGCCCCACUGCUAUCUUGUUUACUAUUUUGUGCAAUUUCCAAGGUUUACUAUUCCUGCCUGCCUAGCUACCUCCUUUGUAAUGUCAAUUACAGCCUUAUUAUUAAUUUGUGAACCUGUACUGUAUUACUUUUGUAACGUUUAUCCAACUCUACUCUAGCCUCUCUGGCUGCUUUCUUUCCAAUGUGAAAGUGGUUUGCUCAAUUAAAAUAAUUAACAAUCUCCUCUUCCCUUCGCUUC